AUGGAACAAAUAUUAAGCUAAAACUCUGUCAGCCAAAAUCACCCAGAUAGCAAUGAGAUAAUUGAUGAAGAAAUUGAAGAACGUAAGCAAAUUACAGAGUAGGCAAAAAAAGUUUUUGAUGAAUUUGCUCUUGAGUUGAAGGAAAAAGUCAACGAAGCAGUCGAUUUAGAAUCUUUUAAAGAUUAGUUCAAAUUCAAAACAAAGUUAAAGCAAAUCACUUUUGAAGAAAUAAAGUUAACAUGGGAAAGAGUUUAAAACAAGCUACUUUCCUCCAAAUCGCCAAGAAAGAAUUGGUCAGAAGAUGAAGUUAAUAUUAUGAUUUGGCUUGUUAUCAAAUAUGCUGACUUCUAUUCAAAGGAUAUUGAAGAAAUAGAAGAUGAAUGUUUUGAUAAUUUAGCAAAGAUGAUCCCGUUCAAGGAUGGAGUCACGUUUAAACAUAAAUGGCUGCAAAUGAAGCAAAUUAAUUUAUCAUAAAUACCGUGGACUAAAGAAGAAGAUGACCUUCUUACUCAGAUAUAUUUAGAUUUUAAAAAAUAAGAUAAAUAAAAUAAAUGGAGCGAUAUAAGCAAAGUAUUGGAAAAUAAAACAAAAAUAUUUAGGAGAGGAAAGUAAUGUAGAGAAAGAUGGAAUAACUAUUUAGAUCCUGAUAUGAAUAGAGGUAAUUGGUCUGACGAAGAAGACUAUAAAUUACUCAGUAUCGCUUUAGAAAUAGGGAGCACUUAAUGGUCAAGCUUAGCCAAGAGACUUAGUAAAAGAACAGAAAAUGCAGUUAAAAAUAGAUUCAAAAGUCUCAUGAAGAAGGAAAGAAAGGAAAGGAUUAAAAACGGUCAAGAUGUUAAAAGCGCAGAAUCCCUAACGGAACACAUUGACAAAGAAAUUUUAACACAAAUACUUGAAAAGCUAAAGCAAAAAAUAGCUAUGAAGAAUUUACAGUAAUAAUAAGAAAACAAUCAAAUUAAUGCCACUAAUCCAGCUCUAUUCUAAUUAUAUUUCAACCCUCAAUAAAAUUAUUCUCAGCUUUCAGCAGCCGCAGCAGCUGCUUUUUUGACUCAACCAUAGUAAUAGCAAUUGAAUUUUUAGAUGCUUAAUGCACAUCACUCUUCAAAUACUCCUUAUUCCUCCCCUGAUCAUUCACCUUAGCGCUUAAUGGCAUAGAAGGUUUAGUAGCAGCAAAUGGGAGUGAAGACAAAAGAAGAAGAAUUCCCCAAUUAAUUGAAUUUUACUAAUGGAUUAAACUCCUUUUCUUAAGCAUAGCAAGCAUAUUAAUAAUUUUAGCAGUAAUAGACUACUCCUUAGGCAAAUUAAGGAGCAAUGACCGAGUAAUAAAUAUAGCAACAAAACUAGGCUUUGCAAUAAUAAUUGCAAAACCUAAAUUUAAAUGCAGCUAUGAGUCCUAUGAAUCAUAAUCUUCUUAAAAACUAGUUAAUUUAAUAGUAAAUGUUUUAAUAGCAAGCUCAAGUAGCCGCUGCUGCUUAAUAGUAACAAUAAACACAAGCAGGUAAUCCUCCUCUUCCUUAACUUGCAUCUUUACCAGGUGGACCAAAUACUCCUAAUUUAGCUUCAUUGAUGCAAAGUCUUUAAAACUAAGCUAUGUAGAAUCAUACUAAUCUAGUACAGUCACCUUAAUUUAUAAAAUAGGUUGUUCCUAAUAACAAUCAAAUCAAUCAGCAAUUCCUUAAUUAAGUCAAUUCUAAUCGUUCACUAAAUGGAGCAUCCGUACCAGCUAGCUUUUCAGAUGCAUUAAAUAUCUACAGCACAGGUAAUACACCUUAAAAUGGCAAUUAACUCAAUAAUGCUCUCGCACAAGCCUAGUCGAACGGACUUCUUGGAGCUUAAAAUACUCCAUUUAUCUAAUUAGCCAAUCCAACCACACUUUUUACAAAUUAAAUUUCUGGACUAUCUCCAACAGCUCGUUUGCAGCUACACUAACUCAACUAAAACACGGGAGGAGAAUACACACCUUAAUAAAAAAAUUUAAUACCUGGACUUUCUACAUUAAAUCCUAGCUUCAGCUGUGGUAAUACACCUCAAUCUAACAGAAAUAAAAGAUCAGAUAAACCAACUUUAUUUUCUGACUUUGAAAAAUUUUAGAAAAUACGUAUCUCAGAGAAUGAAGAGCUAGAACAAUAAGAUUAAAAAAGCAAUGAAAAAUCUAAUUAAAAGAAGGCAUAAAAAAUUUUCAUGAAUCCUAAGAUUGAGGAAGAGGAAGAAGAAGAACACUAAAUUAUUUGCGAAAAAAAUGAAAAACCUUCUGAAGCUUAAUAAAAAAUAAUAUCUAAGCAAGAAGUAGAGUAAGAUAACCAUGAAAAUUAUGCUGACUCACCAAUUAUUUCUUAAAACAAUCUAAUACGUGCUAACGAAGAUUAAGAUUCUGACAGUAACACAGAAGCUGGAAGAAUGAAGCGUUAAAUGCUUAACCUCUAAGUAAGCUAAAAUAGUAGUUUUAAUAAAUUUCGCAAAGACGAAUACGGAAAUUCUAUCAUUAAACCAUAAAAACUUCCUAUCUCACCAAGCAGUGCGUUCUAAUUAGAAGAAGACUCAAAGUCUUCUCCCCAGAAAACAGCUGUAAAUGGAAACUCAAAGCCUUAAAAUCCUACAAUUAAUAUAAAUUUAACACAUAGUCCACAAUUACAAAACAAUAUCAAUACAAUAAAUAUGGCCAGUCUCAACAACCUUGGAUCAUUAAACGAUAUAACUAUUACUCCUCAUAUUCCUAUCAGCUAAAACUAAUUCAGCAACCAUUAACUAUCCUUCUAGCAACUAGACUUUUUGACAAACCAACAAAAUCAAAAUAAACAGUUUUAAGCAAUCUAUUCUCCUUCUCAUUAAAAAUAAAAUUAAGUACCUCCUUUGAAUUUCUCAAUUUAUAGCUAGAUGAAUUCCGUUUCCCCUUCUAACUCAAUAAAUAUUUAAUUACAGAAGUAACUUCAACAACAAUAGUAAUAAAAUUAGCAAUAAAACAACAUAUUAUAAAAUGGAAUUAACUCACUAAACUUAUAACUUAAUUAAGGUGAUAUUAAAAAUUAAUCUUUAAUGAACCUUUUCAGUAGCAAUAAUAGUAAUGGUGGUAGCAGCAACAACUUUUUAUGUUAAUCAGAAAAGAAAGAACCAGAAAAUUAAAAUGAACUUUUAGUAAUUUAAAAUAUCUUACCAAACCUAUCUCUAUAGCAAAUAGAAUUGCUUUCAUAACAGCUACAAUAAUAAUAAAUAGCUAAAAAAAGUUAGUAAGAAUAGUAAUAAUAAUAAUAAUUAUUUCAAUAGCAAAUGUAAUAAAAUACUUAAAUAUAAAAACUUCUCAACCAACAGCACCUCAAUAAUAAUGGAGCAAGUGAGGGCAUUCGCAUAGAUCUAACAUAAGUAAACUUGAAUUAAUUUUGA